AUUUCUCUGUCGAAUAACAAUAUCGGUAGAGGUAGGCCCGGUACUACAGGUAGUAGCAGACAAUGAACUUGAGGUCAUUUAAAUAUGACUGACCUUUAUUAACCCUAUCAACUGUCGCAUUCACAAGUUUUACCAAGGGUUGUUUCACGAAAUAAGCAUAGAGACCCCAAAAAAGGUUCCUCUACCUCAGCCAUACCAGUUGCUCCAACACACCGUUCACAUCACCGUACGUAUGAAGGGGGUUGUUAAGAGUUUCUCAGGGUUGUUUCCGCAUUACCAAUAGCUUAAGUACGAGGUGGUGCGCUCGUGGUUCGUGAACGGGAGAAGCCGAUGGGGAAGGGACAGCCAAGCCAGGCAGCCAGCACCGAGUCGACAGUCGGAAGAAACGACAGUCGCCACUCGACACCCGUGCAGAACGGAAAGGCCGAGUACAGUACUGUACAGCGCGUAGACGUCUACUGUCGGAAUAACAUAAAACAUAUAUUUUUUUUAAAUAAUCGAAAGCACACAAGACACUUUAAUCAUCGCAAUUCACAUUGACAAAGAUUAAUGCGAGUGUCAAGAUGAAGAGACUGAAUUUGUGAAAUUAUUACGUUCAACAGCGGCUGCUGGAAGCCGACACUUCAACGGGGUGGUUUGAAUGUAUGUAUGGUGAAUUUCGUUAUCCUCCGCUGUUCAUUGACGAAGCAUAUAAACAGCAUAAAAACAUGGCGAUCUAUCCUACCAAGCACGUACGGAAUAUUUACUUUAGUGGAAGCCUCAGUGGAAAGCACAGUUACGUACAAGGAAAAUCAAAACAAACUGUUAUCUCCGAGUUGUCUGUAUUGUCUCGCAGUACAAGUAAACGUGCCCUAAGGCAUGACUGACACAACGUCGGGACGUUAUUCUAGAGUAAGAUUCACGUCAGUCACCUACAGACGACGUUCCCGAGUGCUACGUUCACGGCAGUUCAACAUAUCUCGUUAGACUACGUUAGACGCAAACUUCCAGUGACAAGAAAACUCCGUCGUGAAAAUCUUCCGCCCAGUGUUUUGUUCCGUGAUAUAUUUUUUUCACAAAGAAAGGAAAAGAAAGAGAAAGAAAUCUCACGAGGUAAACAUGCAGGACAACUAAAUACGAAAAAUGCUGAACGAUUCCACACGGUAUAACCUCCUUGUGGAAGAUUCACGAAGACUGCGACGAGGAAUGAAGAUGACAGUAUAAAAAAGAAAAUGACUUCAAGACUCCAGUCAUCCAGACUCAUUAGUCAGGGCUUAGGGCAGGUGCCGAUGAUUAAGAGUAUCAAGACUGUCAAGGCGGCGAGCUUCGCGGGGCGUCUUGGAGCGUCGCCAAUACUUUUAAUUCUUACGACCCAGACGAACUUUCGGUAGGAUUAUUACGCUCCAACCUCCUUGGAAAACUGCCAGACAUGUUGCAAACAUGUUCUGGAAUUCCCACUGCGGAAAGACUGUGGCCCCCAUGGUGCGUGUUAACCAAGACCCCUUUGAGUUCUCUGUGUCCCCUGCACGGGAUUGGAAUAUCGAUCAAGCAUUGAGGUGAAGGAUUACUCGAGGAAUACGAUCAUGAAGGUGGAUACUAAAGGUGCUGCCACAUGCAUAUUUCCACCAAGUCGUUUGACUCAACCUUACACCAGCCUCUUGCCUCCCGACGAUUCCUGUAAUCUAUACGUGGAGCAACGCAGGAACACGAACGUGCUCCCAGAGGGGAGUGGGCAGGAGGAGGAGAAACAUACCCGAGGUCACCACUGGGUAAAUGCCGAGAUCUCCAGGAGAAUCGUCCACACACAUCGUACCGAUGCGCCGAUGUCCAAGAAGUAGUUGAUGAGCAGGAGUACCGGGAGCUUCUUUGUCAUUACAGAAGAGGAAAAAGAAGCAAAGAUGAUGAUCCGGAUGGUCCUCUUGCUGUUCCUGGUGGGAGUCUGCAGAUCGGCGCCGACGAGUGUAUCAAGUACGUCGUCGCCGAGACGAUCACCAGACCAGGAAGUCGGUUCACCAAGUGAACUUGCAUGGCAAGCCUGGCUCCUCGUCAAUACUGAGACCGGUGCCCACUCUGGCAUCGACUCCUCGAGUAUUCUUCGACGGAUAACGCCUAAGAGUGUCUUCAUAGCACCAGCUCUACCUGCUUGUGCCGAAGGUUACGGUGCUGAUAAUAUGGGACGUUGCGUGAACGAUAUCACGCGACGGACAUACAUCGAUGUCCUGGUGCAAAAGCUGAAUGCCAUGUAUUCCAGUAGUAAUACUGCCAAUGAGAAGCCGCAAUCGUCGGCAGUCACUGGACCACUUCAGCUGAACAUUCCGUUACUCCCUGGUGGUUCUCAGGAGGGCAAAACUGAUGGAGACGAUGCUGAGGAGCCUGCGAAGAUGCCGGUCGAGGAGCAACCUGAGGACAAGAAGGAAGCCUUAGUAACAGUUUAUGAGGUUGGUAAUGAAACUAAACAUCAGAAGGAGGAGACGUUUUUUCUUGGCUCCUCUGAAAAAGAUGCUGCUGGUCCUACGACGACUGAUAUCGUGGUUCCUGUCGCUGACUUCGUAGACGACGCCAACGAGACCUUCACUGACGUUAUGGACUAUAAAAUACGUUCAGACACGCAACUUCAUACCAAUCGUACCGAGAUCAGUAAGGAUGAGAGUUCAAUGAACUCGACAGACGUUCCUUUACCGACCUUGAUGCUAGUUCUGUCGCCGACCAAGCUGCCGCUUACUGUCUCCACGCCCAACGUAAAUGAUCUUCACGUGGUUCACGAUGGGACCUCUGGACAUAUUUUCGUCAAGACAGAAAACGUGACAGUUAAUUCCAGCGGCAAAGAAAUCAUAUCCGUGACUGUACCUGACGCCUUGGUACACCUGCCUUCCGUAUCCGGGAACCACACGCUGGAUAUCUACGAUGACGAGGAAAAAGACGUUUUGGACUCGACGGAUGUACCUGAAGAAGACUCCACGGAAGUGGACGAUGAGAUUCUGAAGCAUGGUGAAGCCGGUAUGGCAAUUCCCUUGGAUCAACAGAUGUAUCAGAAAUCAGAGGAGACUGGCACGAGGAAGAAUCUUCCAGAUACUGCUGCUCCUGAGAAACUUGUCCUCAGGAAUCUGACACAGCCUCAACGUGGAAAUGAACCGUCGGCUUCAGAACGUGAUGAGAUCAGUAGUAACGUAUCCAGCGAAGUCAGUAUCAAGGGAGACUUCAUUGUUGAAACUACGUUGUUGGGUAUGAACACCAAUUCAUCUAGGACAUCCAGCAGGAACAGAACCUGCGAUUUUGGAGACUGCGACGACUUCCGGGAACUCCUGGAAGCAGAGAAGGAUUUAAUAUCUGAGCCUGAAGUCGUGUUAUCACCUCAGGAAUCUCGUGGCACAGUGUAUCCUAAUAUCCAUGAUAAAAAACGCGCAGAGCAGCAGAAACUAAAUCCUCCUUCAAGGAUCCAAAACACAGGAUCUUACUACUCCGGCUCUCCAGGACAAUCAGAAGCGCUCUUGUACGAUUCCCGUCCUCAGGAUCCUUACCCUGAUGGGGAUUCAGCACCAGAGAUUCACACAAUUGACGAACAAGCUUCGUACAAUCGCGAGAGCCUGGCUUUCCCUGAGGUUAAGGAACCUAAUCAUUUCAGCAGACCUAACGUUAAUGAUAACUAUGGCUUCAGGCCCAAUCCUGGAGGAUAUAGACCUAACCAGGAUUACAUCAGAUUUCCUAAUUACGAAGAACCUCAACCACAACCGGUAAGGACAUCCGGUUAUGUAAGGUUCCCAUCAGAAGAAGCGAACAGCAUUCAUGCUCAGGAUUAUAAAAACAGAUCGCCUCACUUAGAGGACUUCUCACAAUCAUCUACGAGCACAAAGAGCAGUGUACCAAUUCACCAGAAACAAUCCUACUGGUGGUUACCAUCAGGUUGGCGAGCGGAUCGCCAACAGAAUAUACAACAUCCAUCGCAGUAUCCAAAUCAAAGGCAGAAGCCGAGUCCUAUGCUCUUAAGAUUCUGGGCCAGGAUGCCACUCCUGAGGGAUCCCAGUUUAUAUCCGUCUCCAAGUCCAGCUUCCGGUUCCUACGGUGAGACAAUAAGAAGUCAUCAGAUGCGUUACUCCCAAGCUCUGCCGCACAGGACAAACUUCUACAAGGAGAUGUCGACGCAAGACGUGAACAGGGUCCUUACCCAGAAAUCACGUGGUCCGGUCGUAGGCUAAGACUCCUGGUGAAUGCGUGGUAGCCUAAUGAGCUGAGAAUCCUUCAUCGUCCUGAGGUGGAUCCUCCUUAGUGAAUUUCGGAACGGUGCCAAAUAGAUGCGUUCAGGGACUUCCGGGUUGGCUCAGGGUACGACCAAUCGGACGUGUAGGGCUUUACCAAAAACAGACUGAUCGUAGCGUAUUAUUAAUAUUUUAUAGUGCGAUUUCGUCGUCGGGCGAAUAAUGGCGUACCGGGGUGUCGCGACGGUGAAAACUCCUCGACGUCACACCAGAGAGAAAGCAGAAUGAAAGCAGCCCAGAAACUUGUGCAAUACUUUUUUCGAGUGGUCAAUAAAGAAUUGAAUUGUCAGGAGCUGAAUAAAUGAAAAAUGAGAUUAUAAAACACGGUCAACACGAAUGGAGAGAUUAAAAACGACGGCAAAUAAUAUGAGAUUAUGAAUUUGAAUUUUUUAAAUACUUUUCACCUCAUCGCCAUCUAUAUCGUGCAAUACAAAAACAGUUGAAAUAAACGAAGAAAGCAGAUUCUUCUAGUUCUAUGAUUCUUCCGGUACGUGACGCAAGGACAAUCCUGAUGCACAUUGUGACUACAUAAAUAUAUAGGCAUUAUGACUAUAUAUAAUAUAGAUAUAUAAUAUACAAAAGCCAACCCGUGAAACUUGUAGGAGUCCCUAAGCGCAAGCGCGACAAGGCUUUACCAAAACAGACUGAUCGUAGUGUAUUAUUUUAUUUAUAAUUGUAAACCGGAAUGCUUUCCCAGAGGAAUCCCGAAAAGACAAGAAGAUAGAUGAGUGUGUUUCAUGUCUGAUUUCUUUGUGUAAAACAGUUAAAAAGAAAUCGCAACGCUUCAUCAGCCAAAUACCAUUGUCGAAGUGUCAGAAUAUUGUAUCAUAUUACACGAAGCGUAUGAACAAACAAACAAACAGAUAAAUAAACAAUUGUGCCCUCUUUGUCAAAGGAAUAUGAAUCGUAAUAUCAUUUCAACUUAAUGGAAAGCUCUGUAUCGUGUACUGUGUGUAUUUUACAAUUAACGCACGUGUCCUAUAUAUGUAUGAUUAACGUAUGCAAUUUAAACAAAAAUUAGUCAAUUUAUCAAAACCUGCUUCGGUUAUUUGGAAAAUAAAAUUGACUCGAUUUGGUCAUCGGUAGUCUUGAUCAUUUUCGUAGUCUAUUAAUAAUCGUGAUGGCCAUUCAGAGAGCUAUGAGUGAAUGAAUGGUACGUGUAGAAGAAGAAUCGAAAAUUGGAAAAGAAAAAAAAAUCAUUCAUUAAGAAAUGGAAAUGUUUUAACUUGUCGGUUUUAUCGUGACAUCGAAUAUGGUGCAAGUACUUUGGUGGUUUUUCUCAAUAUUUUGUUUUUUCUUUUUUUUUAGAGCAAACUAUUCGAUUUCCAAUAAUGCGGCCAGUAAUUGUAUUGUCUAUUUAUUAUCUGUUCUAACGUACUGUGUAACGUGUCACAUACUAUGUUAUUAAUUAUAUCAAUUGAAUGUACAUAUUAGUUUUAUCAAAGAAUGUUGUAUAUAGAGCAUAAUAAAAAUCCAAACGUUAACACUUAAUGUAAUGAUGAUGUAUUAAUUGUAACUGUAUUAAACGUUAUUGUAUUAUUUAUAGCUAAAAUAUAUUGAUGUAUAUUACGUAUGUCGUGUUCCGUAUGAUCAUUUGAUUUGAUCACAAAUGGAAAGAUGAAAGCGAGGAAACAAUAUUAAAGAAUUGUACCGAUGACAUUACUAUGCCAAA